ACAAAGACCAUUCACUCGUUUAUAAGGCAUAAUUGUAAACGGGGAUUUUCUUAAAAAUAAAAAAAUAAAAAAGUAAACGGGAGUUUUGGUCACUCUCCCUGGCUCGAAGACUAGAGCAAAAAGAUGAAGUUUUCGUUUCAAAAUUGGAAACUUCGUAAUCGUCUCCACCAAGCAACCAACUUAUUAAAUAACCAAAUCAAUUCUCACCCACCCACACCCAACCCAAAGCCAAAGCCAAAGCCAAAGCCAAAGCCACACGCGGUUAUAGUUUGCUCCCUGUUCCUCAGAUUCACACGCGAUUUCCAAUUCCACUUCCAUUGAGGAGAAGAUGGAGGCCGGUGAGCAGCUAAUAUCAUUCCCUUGUUCUUCCGCAAACACGAGCUCCGGCGUCUCUGAUUCUUUUGAUAUCGCCAACCCGAACCAAGCGAAGCAGAUGGAAACUGACCUCGAAUCCUUGGCUUUCCAUGAGAAAUUACAGCUCCACGAUGCUCGGGAAGAAGAUGAAGAGUUCUCCUUUGCGUGCGCCAAUCCUGAUGGCUCCCCGGUUAGCGCCGACGAUGCCUUCUAUAACGGCCAGAUCCGCCCCAUGUACCCGCUAUUCAACCGAGACCUCCUCUUUGCGGAUGAUUCCGAAACGACGACGGACAGGCCCCCAUCGCUUCGCCCCCCCUUGAGGAAGGUCUUCGUGGAAAACCGCGAAUCCGAAUCCGAGUCGGAAUCGGAAUUGGAGGGAGCUGUUGAGGAGGGCACCUACUGCGAGUGGUCUCCGGCGCCCCCGGAGCUGGGCAACAAGAGUAACUCCACAGGCUUCUCCAAGCUAUGGAGAUUCCGGGACUUGAUGAUGCAACGAAGCAGCAGCGAUGGCAAGGACGCCUUCGUUUUCUUGAAUAAUCCCAGCACCACCAAAUCCAGUAAAAACAAGCAGCCCCACAAGCCUCAAACCGAAACCAGGACUAGGAGGAGCUCCACCUCUGAAGGAGAACCGGUACCCAAGCACGCAAGGCCGCAAACGCUAUCCUCUGCCCACGAGAGACUCUACGUAACAAGUAGAGCCAAGAAGGAAGUGGAUAGACGGAGAUCGUAUCUGCCCUACCGCCAGGAUCUCGUAGGCUUCUUCACCAAUGCCAACGGAUUCACCAAAAAUGUUCAUCCUUUUUGACCACAAACAAUCUAUUUAAUUCUUCCUUUUAUUUAUACUUUGUAAAUAUUUCUACCCCAAUCCAGAAUUUUGGCAUUAUAGACCCAUCCCCAGAGUUUUUUCCUUUAUAUAAAAAUCAAUUCGUUUGUAUGCGACUGCUUGAAAUUUUUCUUGUAUAUAUUAAACAAGUUGUCUCGUCUCGAUAA